GUAAGCCCGGCAGCAGAGGGCGGGGCGCUGCUCUCGAGUCCUGGAUCUCCAAGUUACGGGCUCGUCUCUUCCCCAGUUUCUUCUUUCAAAACCAGCCUUUACAGGAUCCUGAGGCCACUCCAUUCCCACAGCCCAUUUCCUGCUGCAGAUCACUGCAGUCUGAACCCAGGAGGGGAACCCAGUUGUCGCCCUCGUCCGCCCGGGCCAGUCCGGUGGAGGGUGGGUGAGGGUCUUGCCCCACUUUCCCCCCUCGCGGCUCGCGCUCUCCUGCCGGUUCCCCGGCUUCUGCCGCCCAGACCAUGGCCCAGAAGCCGAAGGUAGACCCACACGUGGGGCGGCUGGGGUACCUGCAAGCGCUGGUCACGGAAUUCCAGGAGACAGAGAGCCAAGACGCCAAAGAGCAAGUGCUCGCCAACCUCGCCAACUUCGCCUAUGACCCUAGCAACUACCAGUAUCUGCGGCAACUGCAGGUUGUGGACUUAUUCCUCGAUUCGCUGUCGGAGGAGAAUGAGACCCUGGUGGAGUUUGCCAUUGGAGGUCUCUGCAACCUAUGCCCAGACAGGGCCAACAAGGAGCACAUCCUGCAGGCAGGGGGCGUCCCACUCAUCACCAGCUGCCUGUCCAGCCCCAACGAGGAGACUGUGCUGUCUGCUGUCACCACGCUCAUGUACCUGAGCUCACCAGGCCCCGGCGCCCGCCCCGAGCUGAGCACUGAGCCCGUGGUGCAGUGCAUGCUGCGCUUCUCCCUCUCGGCCAACGCCAGGCUCCGGAACCUGGCCCAGAUCUUCCUGGAGGACUUCUGCACCCCCAGCCAGGUGGCCGAAGCCCGCGGCAGGCAGGCCCACUCUGCGCUGGGCAUCCCACUGCCAAGGACAGAGGCCCCGCCACGGCCCUAGCACCCUUACUGCCAGAGACCACUGUCACGGUGGGGCACGGGGAGCAGGGGGCACGCACUGCCAGGUGGCGCCGGAGCAGCCGCUUGAAAGGCGUUUUCCAGCAUGACAGGUAUUUCCACCGUGACGGAAGGCACUGGAAUGAAGCAGCCAGACCCUGAGGCACAUAGAGGACAUCAAAGCUGGCACUGCCACUCUCCCAGGCUGGCACUCAGGUUCCACCUGCAGCGCCAGCCCAGCCAGGCUCACUCCCCUGUGCAAGACACCGGUUCCUUGGAUCCAGACUUCACAUGGCAUUCUCGUGAGCAGCAGCUGGGCCUAGGCUUAGGAGGGUUGCCCGUCUGAAGGAAAUAAGGGCUUCCUUACUCCUUCCCAGAAGGGUAUGGAGUGUCGGGCGAGCUGGAAACCACAAACCUGGUGGUCAGAGGCUCUGGGGCCCUGGGGUGCAGGGCAGGCGUCCUGGUUCUGGAGGCUGGCUCUCUCCCGCUCACGCUCUCCAGGCAGGGCACUCACUGACCACCUGGGCAACUCUGCGGCCCAGGUUUUACCGUCCACUAGGUUUCAUGGAAGGGACACAGAUGAAGACAUGGCCUCUGCUUUGAGCGAUCCAGAUCAGUACCUGCUAAUGUGGCCAUCAGGGACUGAGACCAAAACCAGGUGGCUGGUGACACCUCAGAGCUGGAGCUGCCUCUUCUCCCACCACCCAGUAGUUUGUGGGGGGGCCCUACCCUAGAGUGCUCAGGCUCACUAGGGCAUCAGGAUACAAGUGUAAGAUGCUCAGGGGGCAACAUAUGCUGGCAGUGUGGCCCAGUGUUCUGUGCAUCUGCAGGUGUGCUUGUGAAGAGGAACAGUACCCAGUGAGAAGCUGGGGUUCAGGGAAAGGGGAGGGUGUGGACAUGGGCAGAAUGUGGGGCCACUGGAUUAAGGGGAGAGGGGGGGAAUGCCUCCAUCAGCCCCUGUCCAGCUCUCCCCAUGCAAGGCACCU